UGGGCAGUUCGCGUCACUCGCAGACCGUGUGUGAGGAUCGCAUCAGCUCUUUGUGGAAGCUCCAUUUGCAUGUUGCUCCAGCACGGAGAGCCACUGUUGUUGGAAUAGAGGUUACCUGACAAAACACACGGAAAGCUGCUGAAAGAUAGCAAGACCGAGAAUUUAAACACGGAUAUUUGAAGCGCAAAACCACUCACGCCGACACGAGACACUCGGGAGAGGCAACUCUUUAACUCCGGCAGAUUUUUUUUACGAGAGCUCUCGUAGGUUACUAGCAAGUCCUAGAUUUGCUCUGUCGUUUGAGGAUCUGGAAGAUUGCUAUUUUUCAUCCGAACCCUACAGUAAUUCGACUGAAUUUGGAUGAUCCGUUAGUUUCGACGGAUACAGCCUGGAAGACAGGGGAGACGAGACGGACGAGAGGCUUUGUUAGACCUUUAAUGUUGCAAUCGGAUCAAGGAUUGUGUGGAUUAUUUGGGAAGAAAACCAGGACGAGGUUGUCCUUCAUGGAUGGGUUUCAGUCUGGGCUUUUCGCCUAAACUCAGCCCGCUACCACUUUCAUCGUUCCUCAAUCGGUAGCUUGUAGAUAAAAUGUUUUGCAAACUGUUAUUUUAAGCUAUUGAAAGAAUGACAUGCAUGCAGUUUUACGCGUAGUUUAAAAUUCUUGUCUUACAGAUAGACUAUGCUCAUAUCAUCAUAGGAAAAAGAUUCCCGAUGCUGCUCACUCGCUCCCCUUCAUAGAAGCGGGCAUUAUUUCUAUCCAAACGGCAUCGUUUAUAUGCCUAUACUCUUAAGUUUUAUACAAAUGUGUGUCAUGUUGAACAACCGACGACGUGUGCAUCAUCCCAUAUGCCGAGAAAAUUAAGGAAUAGCUGCAUAUUUUACAAGUUGGCGUCCAGGAUUUUCUAAGAAAAAAGACUGGCGUAUGCUACAGAUUGUAUUUGCUUCUCUAGUUCUCAGUUUUUCCACAAUCUUGUCUCAGGCUGCUUGUCACUGCCUGGAUUCGGAUCCCGGAAUCUUCAUGAUUUGCGGACAACAUGCUCGUUUUUUAGCCGGGAAACCCUCUUUUCGUCCCGCAUGUUCAGGACCAAACGAUCGGGGCUCGUCCGGCGACUCUGGAGGAGCCGCGCACCCGUCGAAGGCGACGGGGAGGCGGAUAGCAGGGCGCAUGGCUCCGGGGGCUGCUGCAUGGGGAAAGCCACUAAGGUUGCCAAGUCUAACCCCGGAACAGAGGCUGAGCUGAAAGCACUGACCCAUUCCAUACUGAAAAAGAUUAAAGAAAAACAACUUGAGGUGCUCUUGCAAGCGGUAGAGUCGAAGGGGGGUGUCAGGAGCCCCUGCCUUCUUCUACCCAGCAAAGUGGACACCAAACUGGGUCAACAGUCUUAUUCCCUCCCUUUGCUGCUCUUCAAAGUGUUCAGGUGGCCGGACCUUAGGCAUUCCUCGGAACUAAAGAGGCUAUCUUGCUGUGAAUCCUAUGGGAAAGUAAACCCAGAACUCGUUUGCUGCAAUCCACACCACAUGAGCCGGCUUUGUGAACUUGAGUCUCCCCCACCUCCCUAUUCUCGAUACCCAACGGACUUUCUUAAACCACCUGAUUCUCCGGACUCUGUGCCUGCUUCCACUGAAACUGGAGGAUCUGUCUACUCUGCCCCUGUGGGGUUCUCUGAUUCCCAAGCUCUCCAGGAGUCCGGCGAGCGAGCGCACUGGUGCGUGGUGGCGUACUGGGAGGAGAAGACGCGCGUGGGGCGCCUCUACUCGGUCCAGGAGCCCUCCCUGGACAUCUUCUACGACCUACCUCAGGGGAGCGGCUUCUGCCUGGGCCAGCUCUGCUCGGAGAACAAGAGCCAGCUGGUGCAGAUGGUGCGCAGCAAGAUCGGCUACGGCAUCCAGCUGACGCGCGAGCAGGACGGCGUGUGGGUCUACAACCGCAGCUGCUACCCCAUCUUCAUCAAGUCGGCCACACUGGACAAUCCCGACUCGCGGACACUGCUGGUGCACAAGGUGUUCCCCGGCUUCUCCAUCAAGGCCUUCGACUUCGAGAAGGCCGGCACGCUGCGACGGCCCAACGACCACGAGUUCACGCAGCAGCCGCGCACGGGCUUCACCGUGCAGAUCAGCUUCGUCAAGGGCUGGGGACAGUGCUACACCAGACAGUUCAUCAGCAGCUGCCCCUGCUGGUUGGAGGUUAUUUUCAACACACGAUAGCAGCAAGCCCCCACACCCCCCCUCCCCAAAAACCCUCCACGACCCCUAUUUCACCUGGAUACACCACCCCACCCUUGCCUUGCCUUGACCCCCUUGCGCCUCCACUUGGUCACAGACUUGAGAUAAGACUAUUUCCUGACACCUCCCAUUCUACGGACGGAACAUUAUUUUGGAAAAAAAAGAGACUCAUGGGAUGUUUCGACAAAGAACACACCCCCUCUGAACACGACGCAUCGGAUAAAUGACUUUAAUAAAUGACUAAGAUUUAAUGAAAAGUGAAAUAAAGCUAAAAUGUAUUUUAUGUUAUAUAUAAAUAUAUUAUUACUUGUAAAUAUGAAGACGUUUUAUAUGCAUCAUUAUUUAUGUAUUGUGCAAUGUGUUAAUGAGAAACAAGAGAUGCACUUUGCUUAAUAUAAAUGGAGACAAAGAAGAUGCCAAGAUUAAAAAGAUACUAAAUGAA